UUGGAAGAAACCUAUGUGCAAAACGUAUACUUAGGCGGUUUAAUUAAAACUGAGAAUGUUGAAAGGGAAAGAUCUAAAACUGGUACGGGGAAGAAACGGAGUUGUUCACACAAAUAUUAUAUUAAAUUAGGAAAUAGAAAUAUACAAAUUUGCAGAAAUUGCUUUGCAUCUAUCCAUGGAAUAUCCAAAAAGCGUGUAGACAAUGUUGCUAAAGAGUAUCGGGAUCCUACUGUAACUACACCAGCUCAGUCUAAUCGUGGAAAACAUCAAAAUAGACCAAAUCGUAUUCCAAGUGAAUGGGUUUCUAAAGUUGACUCUCAUAUUAGAAGUUUCCCACGUCGCGAGUCACACUACAGUAGAAAUAAAAGCUCACGUUAUUAUCUGCCUCCAGAGUUGAACAUUAAAAGGAUGUACGAGUUAUAUUUGAAAAAGCAUGAGCUUGGUCUUGAAGCAUCUGCUAAGCCUAUAGUAUCAUUUGAUUUUUACUACAGAUAA